GUCUUCCACCCCGACGAGCCUUCUCGCGUCCCUCCGAGAGUUCGUCCUCGUCCUUGUGCUCGCUCCGACUCCGACCACUCUCCCCCCUCGCAAGCCCGAGAUCCCCUUCUCCGCGACCACCGCCGCCGCCGCCGUCGCUCCCGCCUCGGAGCGGCGCGUCACAAACGGCGGCCGAGAAGUCCCUAGCCUCCACAGAUGCGUCCCCGCCUCGUCCUCGCCCUCGCCGCGUGCGCCCUUCUAGCGUCGGCCGCGGCCGCCGCGGUGGAGGAGACGACGAACACGACCAACAAGUUCCGGCAGCGCGAGGCCAGCGACGACCUGCUCGGCUACCCACACCUUGAUGAAGAUGCGUUAUUGAAUACCAAAUGUCCAAAACAUGUGGAACUGAGAUGGCAGACUGAAGUUAGUUCCAGUAUCUAUGCAACUCCAUUGAUUGCUGAUAUCAACAGCGAUGGAAAGUUGGAGGUAGUGGUGCCAUCAUUUGUUCAUUACUUAGAAGUGCUUGAAGGUUCAGAUGGAGACAAACUACCAGGAUGGCCUGCAUUUCACCAGUCAAAUGUUCAUUCAAGUCCCCUUCUAUAUGAUAUUGACAAGGAUGGUACACGGGAGAUAGUUUUGGCUACCUAUAACGGUGUAGUGAAUUUCUUCAGGAUAUCAGGUUAUAUGAUGAUGGACAAGCUAGAGGUACCUCGUAGGAAAGUACGUAAAGAUUGGCACGUGGGGCUCAAUCCAGAUCCAGUUGACCGCUCCCAUCCAGAUGUCCAUGACAGUUCAAUUGCGAAAAAAACUGCUUCUGAGGAAUCCCACCCAGACAUUCAUGACAAGCCAGUUGUUGAAAAAUCUUCUGAGGAAACCAAGUCGCGAAGUGCUGCCAAUACAGCAACGCAGGAAGUUGAUUCGUUGAAACAUGCAUCUGAGCUACAGUCGACUGAAAAGAAACCUAAUUCUACACCAGGAAAUGAGAAUAUGGAGUUGCCGAAUAAUCCAAACAAUACUAAUUCUGGGAACACCUCCAGUUUAUAUACCACAACAGAUAAUGCAUCGCAUGCUCAGAGAAGGUUGCUUCAAACAGCCGAUAAAAGUGAUGAUCAAACGGGAAAUGCAGAAAUCCAUGGAAAUGAUGCAGGAACAACAGGAGAAAUGACUGUUGAAAAUGACGAGCCUUUAGAGGAGGAUGCCAAUGCAUCAUUUGAUUUAUUUCGGGAUGCAGAAGAUCUCCCUGAUGAGUACAACUAUGAUUAUGAUGAUUAUGUUGAUGAAUCUAUGUGGGGAGAUGAGGAUUGGACAGAACAAGAGCAUGAGAAAGCGGACGAUUAUGUGAGCAUAGAUGCUCACAUCUUGUCAACCCCAGUAAUUGCAGACAUUGACAAAGAUGGCGUACAAGAAAUGGUUAUUGCUGUAUCCUACUUCUUUGACCGCGAGUACUAUGAUAACCCAGAUCAUAUAAAAGAGUUAGGAGGGAUUGACAUUGGAAAAUAUAUUGCAAGCGGUAUAGUUGUUUUUGACCUUGACACGAAACAAGUCAAAUGGACAGCAGACCUUGAUUUGAGUACGGAAAACGGGAUCUUCCGUGCCCAUGCAUAUUCAUCUCCAGCUGUGGUUGAUCUGGAUGGUGAUGGUUAUUUGGACAUCCUUGUUGGAACUUCCUAUGGCUUGUUCUAUGUUAUUGACCAUCGAGGUAAGAUUAGGAGCAAUUUCCCCCUUGAGAUGGCUGAGAUCCAUGCACCAGUCAUUGCGGCAGACAUCAACGAUGAUGGGAAAAUCGAGAUGGUCACAGCUGAUGUGCAUGGCAAUGUAGCAGCUUGGACUGCAGAGGGAAAAGAAAUCUGGGAGGUGCAUCUGAAGAGCCUUGUUCCACAGCGACCUACUGUUGGGGAUGUCGAUGGAGAUGGUCACACUGAUAUUGUGGUCCCAACUGUAUCGGGAAACAUCUACGUUCUUCGUGGAAAGGAUGGCUUAAAAGUUCAGCCUUUCCCAUAUAGAGCACAUGGAAGGAUUAUGAGUCCUGUUCUACUACUCGACAUGAGCAAACGUGAAGAAAAUUCACGAGGGUUAACUCUUGCCACUACGUCCUUUGAUGGUUAUUUGUAUUUGAUUGAGGGCUCUAGUGGCUGUGCAGAUGUUGUCGACAUUGGAGAGACCUCUUACACUAUGGUUUUGGCUGACAAUGUGGAUGGCGGAGAUGACCUUGAUCUUAUUGUUACUACCAUGAACGGCAACGUCUUUUGCUUUUCCACUCCCUCACCACACCAUCCACUCAAGGAAUGGAGAUCAUCAAACCAAGGAAGGAACAAUGCUGCGUAUAGAUACAACCGCCAAGGUAUUUAUGUCAAGCAUGGUUCCAGGGCAUUCCGCGACGAAGAGGGCAAGCAUUUCUGGGUAGAGUUUGAGAUUGUAGACAAGUACAGGGUUCCCUAUGGGAAUCAAGGUCCUUAUAACGUCACGGUAACUUUACUUGUUCCUGGGAAUUACCAGGGAGACAGGCGCAUUGUGGUCAGUCAGAUCUAUCAUGAACCAGGAUCCCAACGGAUGCAGCUUCCCACCGUCCCUGUUAGAACCACAGGAACUGUGCUGGUGGAGAUGGUUGACAAGCACGGGAUUCAUUUCUCCGACGAGUAUUCACUCACCUUCCACACACAUUACUACAAGCUGCUGAAAUGGCUCGUGGUUCUGCCGAUGCUCGGGAUGUUCUGUGUCCUCGUCAUCUUACGGCCCCAAGAAGGCGCACCGUUGCCGUCAUUUUCACGGAACAUAGAUUAGUGACCUCUUUGGUGAAGCGGAUCAAGAAACCGGUCCAGCUCCCAACGGGACCGCUGCACAUCAGAACACAUCGGGGACCUCAGUCUGCACAGAGAAAUCCAGGAUGCUGCUCCCCAUCACUUAACUAGCCUGGGAAAUGGGAAAUGUAGUUUUACAGUAGAAACUGUUGAGUUCAGCGAAUGAAUUUUGUGACACACUUGGACUUAUUUUCUAACUGAUGAUGUAUUACACUGUUCAUCUAAGCAUUUUUUACUCAAGGAACUGUUGUUACAUUGUUUCA